GCAACCAAAGCUAUACAUACUACCCUAUAUAAUGACCAUUGAGCUAGCUAGUAAUCUACAUGAACCAGUGCAUACUGGAAUCACUCAAUGCAGUGGGGGAUAAUUGAUCGAUCUGGAGUUCUGGAAAGUACUGUAGCAUAAUUUUAAGCUUAAUUUUAUUACUCAUCAGUCGCAAGAGAUGAGAGUAUCGGAUGAGUCGGGCAGGCUAGCUCUGCAUGAAAUUGAUAUUCCAGACGAGGUGGUAUCUUCAAAAAAUGAUGGAGGACAUGGAUCACCAAAAACAAGUUGGCGCACAAAUUUUCUUAAUUGUUUACGAAUCUUACUCCAGCCAACCAGAUUGACUCGAGAAUGGAAGUAUACUUUCAUGAUAUCAUGUUCAUUUGCUCUUCUUCUUGAUCCUUUGUACUGUUACAUUCCGGUCAUCAAUGAUGAUGAUUCCAAUAUGUGCUACUCUCUUAACCCGAAGUUGGUGGCAACUUUUCUUGCUUUACGAUCAGCAGUGGACCUGUUUUAUGCAAUGGAUGCUAUUAAACAUUUACGGAGGUUUUGCAACAGGAAGAAUUCAUCUGACUCGCAGCACUCAUCCACCAAACAAAUGCUCUUCCUUCUAUUGGAAAGCAUUUUUCUUGCUAUUCCCAUUCCACAGGCAAUAAUAAUCACUGGAAAAUAUUCAAGCGUUGGGAGUUCUAUUCCUCUACUUUUUUUCUACGUGAUCCAAUUUACACUACGGGGUCAUGCUACCUAUAUGUUGAUCAAGGAUCUUGAAGCAAAAUCUGAAACAGGAGGAUGGAUUAGACCUAUACGAUAUGUACUUGAAAUUCUUCCCUUCAUUAUUACUUCUCAUCUAUUCGGAGCUGUGUGGUAUGUCCUUUCUCUUGAUAGAGAGAUCCGUUGUUGGGUUAGCUCAUGCGAACAAGUGAACGGUUGUAGGGAAUCCAAGACUGGAUAUUACUUCCGUUGCUCUACCUUGGCCGACUUCUCCUUAAAGGUAAACUACAAUGUCAGUAAAAUAAGGGAAGCAUGUCCGACAAAUCCAGCAGAUCCGACAUUGUUUGAUUUUGGAAUAUAUCUUUACGGCAUUCAGACUCGUAUUACAAGGUCGACAAAUCUUCCACUCAAAUGUUGGCAAUCUUUUUGGUGGAGCUUACGCAAUUUGAGUUCUUUUGGAUCAAACCUUCAAACUAGUUUCAAUGCUGUGGAAAUUAGCUUUUCCGUUUUAAUAUCUCUAUGUGGCAUGUCGCUGUUCUUAGUAUAUCUCAAUACAAUUGCAUCAAGAAACCAGUCGUCACGAAGGAGGCAAGAAGCUGAGCGUCAAGCUGAGGUUAAAGCUAAGCAUGAAGCUCGGGUUGAAGCUCAACAGAAGAUGAUUUUGAUGACUCCAUACGUAGAUAUGUGGUUAAAAAGAAACAGCCUUUCUGAUUUUCAGUGUUUCAAGGAGAUGAUCACACGAGCCUUGGAGAAGCAUCUCGUUGAAAAGAAAGAUGUGAACAUGAACAAUUUCUUGUCUAUACUUCCUGCGCUACACAAAAGAACCAUACAGUUGGCCAUUCUAACGAAAGUACCAGUGUUUACAAGUAUUAGUCAAGAAAUACUUAAAGCACUAUCUGAGCAUCUUGAGCUAGUGAUCUAUGCUGAGGGCUCCUGUAUAGUUCAACAAGGGGAGCCACUUGAAAUGUUGUUUUUCAUUACGCAAGGGAUCGCAUGGACAUAUACAACUAGUUCUUGUACCAAUAUUGAUGAAAGUGCAAGUGGCGGUUCCCUAAAGAUUACAUGCCUUGAGAAAGGUGAUAUCUAUGGAGGGGAACUACUGAGCUGGGCAAAGUUCAAGUCAUUUUCUGAUUUUCCCAUCUCAACCAAAACCUUGAAGUGCCAAACCAAACUCGAAGUAUUUGGUAUAAGAGCUAACUACUUGAAAAGUGUUUUCUCUAAAUUCUGGUGGCACCAUCGCAAGGAGCAUCCUGAUUCGGAGCACGUCCAGCAUUUGGCAGCUUUAAGCCUGCAAUCAAAAUGGCGACAAUGCAGCACAAGGGUACUGAUGCCGGCUUCUAAUAAUUGAUUUUCUGUGUAACUAUAGUUCUGGGGUUUACACCUCUAGUUGGGAUACCCAGAUGAAGUAAUGUGAUGAAUGAUGAAUCACACGUAAAACAAUUUAGAAAUGAAUAAAGGGUUAGCUUGGUAUUAGUGCAACUUUAAAAACAUAUAUGUCAAUACUGUACUAUAACAAUA